CUGUCUGCUCAAUCCCAAUAUAUAAUUAUUUGCAAAUUGCCAACAUCAGAAAGCUGUCACGGCAGACCACUUCCGGCUUUUGCAUUUAGACAGACGGUUUCACCGCCCAGGGUCCACCGCUUCCCAUCCUAUAAAGUCCAAACAUCACCCUCCUGAAUCCUUACUUUUUCCCUCUUCCAUCCAGACAUCAUGGUCGCUUCAGCCGUGUUGUCUUUAGCCCUGUUGCCUGUGCUCGCUUUGGGUGAUCACCACUGGCAUAACCACUUGUUUGAUCACAGUUUCGUCCAAGUUCCGUUUGAAGUAGUUGAAGAGAUCAAAGAACGUGUGGAUACCGCUAAAGAACACGUUCAGGAUAGAGUUUUUGGGUGUCAGCCGACAUCUACUGUGGUUCAUGGGACGACGGUUGUCCAUCAAACCGUUACCUCGCCUCCGGUGAGUGUUACCCUCGAAUCUGGACUGGUCGCGCUCACUUUAUGGAUCGUAACGAAGCCCUAUGUGACCCCCAGUGGGUAUCCUGAUGUUCAAAUUGCUGGUUUAAGCACCAUUGACAAGUGGGCUACUCUGCUCACUUGGGAGCAUCAGGGCACAACCACUCUUGCACUUCCGUGCUACACUGCGGCUGGUCAUCACCACGGUCAUCAUAAGAAUCCUGAAUGGGCCGUUUUCUCCAAGAGAAUUCCCGAUGGAGACAUCACGAUCCGCAAUGCGUUCGUUCCCACCAAAACAUUGGGCCAUCAACCUACUUCCACUCAUAGUUACUCGCCUUCCCAUGCCUACACUGUUGUUGAAAAGCCAUCCACUGUCACCGUUACCCGGAUCGUCGAUCAUCACGAUGUAGUCACUCAGACCGUUGACCACCACCACACCUCGACUGUGAAAGUCAGGGAGAUUGACACAGUCUUUGCUAAACCUGUUACCACUACCGUUACUCAGAUCGUCGAUCAUCAUGACGUCGUGACUCGGACUGUUGACCACCACCACACUUCCACUGUGAAAGUCUGGGAUAUCGAAACAGUCUUUGCUAAGCCCGUCAUUACCACCGUCACACGCACCGUCAAUCAUCAUGACGUCAUUACUCGGACUGUUGACCACCACCACACUUCCACUGUGAAAGUCAGGGAGAUUGAAACGGUUUUUGUUAAGCCUGUCACCACUACCGUAACCGUUGCCAUUAGGCCAACUCCGACACCUUAUCAGCGAUAUACCCGAUGCCUCGAGAGCUACACCGUGGAGGGGUGGAAUUAUGUUGUUUUCGAAAAUGCUGCUCAGAUUAUCGUCGACAAUCCGUUUGAAUCUGUGAUUACGAUUUCCGGAGUAUUUGCGCCCAUUGCUAAGUUUCACGUGAGGAUUGAUGGUAAGGACCUCGGAUGGACUAGCGAGCCAAGGGGAGGGGAGGUUCAUGCAUGUUCAGCUCAGGAUCUUGGCGAGAAAUGCAUUGUGGGCGGCGCUUCUUGGGGCCAAUGGUCACUCCCUCCUGGGUUCCAUACGGUUGAUGUCGCGUCCAUUGGUACAAAUCGUGAGCCAUGUUCCAGUCUGAUGCGCUCCUCAUCUAGUGACACCUUUUGUAGGGGCCCAUCUCACCUAUAAGGUUGCGGUUUGCAACUAAGGGUACUACUGAUCAAUUCAUUUGCCGACUGCACAUCUGGAUGUGUAGAAACUGCUUGCAUUUUUCAUACCUUGUUGAUUUUUUUCUUGCGUGCAGUAUCAUUUCCCUCGAUGUUAUAAUACGUCAGUUUGAUGCUGAAGAAUGCCAGUGGAGACAUGUCUAGCUAGGUUGGCUGGUGCAAGGUGUGAGUCAAU